CGGGGCUCCCGCCAAUCGCUCGCAUAGUAGCACCUGCCCGGCCGGCGGACGCUUGGUCGCUCCCUCAGUGAAGCGGUGCCGUCAGGAUGGUGCAGCUGCAGCGGAUCGUCGUGAGCUCCUACUUGUGGCUCGGGCUGAGCUUGUGGGCGUCGUUGCCGGCGGCGAGACUGGCGCUGCCCGAGGUGCUGUUCCGUUGCCCGCCGUGCACAGCCGAGCGCCUAGCCGCCUGCUCCCUGCCGCCCGCCUCGUCGGGACCCGACUCUGCCGCCUGCCCGGAGCUGGUGCGGGAGUCCGGCUGUGGCUGCUGCCCGGUUUGCGCCCGCCUCGAGGGGGAGCCCUGCGGAGUCUACACGCAGCAUUGCGCCUCAGGGCUGCGCUGCUACCCGCGUCCGGGCGCCGAGUUGCCCCUCCAGGCGCUAAUGCAGGGACAGGGUACCUGCGCCAGACGGAGUGACGCCACCGAAUACGGCGCCGCCAGCUUCGAGCACCGCGGGACGGAUGAGGAACAUACUGAAGGAUCUAUUGCAGAAAACGUCGUGGAUGGUACCACCAGUGUGGUGAGUGGCAGUGGGCGGGUAAAGCUCUCGAAAAACGGGAAGGAGUUGGCUGUAAUUCGCGAGAAGGUGAAUGAGCAGCAAAAGCAGAUGGUCAAGCCUACCAAGCACCACCACCACCACCCACCAUCAAUCAGGACCCCCUGCCAGCAGGAAUUGGAUCAGGUCUUGGAACGCAUCUCAACCAUGCGCCUGCCAGAUGAGCGUGGUCCAUUAGAGCACCUCUAUUCCCUGAAUAUCCCGAACUGUGACAAGCAAGGCCUUUACAAUCUCAAACAGUGUAAGAUGUCGGUGAAUGGCCAGCGAGGAGAAUGCUGGUGUGUUAAUCCUAACACUGGAAAAAUCAUCCAGGGGGCACCCACCAUCCGUGGAGAUCCUGAAUGCCAUCUCUUCUACCAUGAGAAUGAGCAAGAGGCCCAGGGAGCACUUUCCCUGCAUGUGCAGUAGAUGGACGUGUUCUCACGCACUGGCAGGCAGCUUGGCCUAGUCUCAGUGCUGGAUUUUACAUAGGUUUCAAAGCAUCUUGUUUUUUUUAUCUUUUUCUUGUACUGCAGAAGAUCCCAGUUUUUGGUGGGCUUCAUGUGCCUCUCAGUUGCUUGCCUUUAAACCCUUGUUGGGGAAGAAUUACAAAGGGGCAUGUGGUGGAGGUGGAAACUGGUUUCUUAGUCUUUUUUGCCUGAGAGCUAGCGCUUUUGUUAGAUCACUUAAUAGCCUUGCUACAAACAAGCAGGGAACAGAGCUCAUGUUAGAGGGAGUUAGACUGCCCUCUUGGCUGUAGAACUUCUUACCCAGGCCUCUCCAAAGACCCAGGGUGAACAUGCUGUCAGAGAGAAUCUUUGCCCCAGCCCCUUCCCUCCCCCCCUACACACGCACCAAAGACCAAAGAUUGUAAAUACUGCAUGUUGCCUGCUACACACAGCCCUGACAACCUGCCCGUUGGUCCCAUUUGGUUAUGAUGUGGGUUGUAGCAUAUGUGAGGAGGUAAGGGGAAUCCUUCCCCAGGACCUCUUCAGCUGGAUUGCUGCUUUCACUUCUUGGAAGUCAUAGGAUGGGAGGGAGUGACUCCCUGGCACCAGCAUGUCCCACAAGGCAUUGCACAUACAAGUGCAAACCUCUCCCCCCACAUUAAGUCCUUAAAACCAUGAACUGGAGAUUUAUUCAUUAACAAUUUAAUCCCAUGAGCCAUUGGGCAACAUUAAGCUCUUUUAGAUAAGACUUUGUAUCGCAUUCAGCCUGUAUAUGGACCUAAUCCUCAGAAACACUAAUAUACAGAAAAAGUUUAAUGCCAGUGGGUUACUCUUUUCCAGAUUACGUAUAACACAAGUUAACAUCAAAAGGAGGAGAGGGGUCAGAUAUUUGGGGAAGAGCCUUAGAAUUCUGUCCCCUACCCAAGAAGCAAAAACCCAUUUAAAACCCACAUUUAAGCUGCUGCCAAUGUCCCUUCCUCCUUUUGCAUAGGACAGAAAUGAGCCAUGCAUUAUGUAAACUAUACUAUAUAUAUAGUGCGCUAUAAACCCCCUGUAAUGCAGACUGACAAGAUUAUGCACACACACACACACACACACAUAUGCAUAUACAUACACACAUGCAUAGAUUAAUAAAUAAUAUCUGGGAGCUGGGAGAGAUGUGGGUUGAAUAUGCAGUUCCCAAGAAUGGAUUAUGCUUCACCGAUACUGUUUCACAAACUCUUGAUUUUGUUUUUGUGUACAUCAUGCAAAUGCUGAAAGCUGACUUAGCAGCUGCAUGAAUGACAAGUUUUUCUUGUAUUAUAUAUACACCAAUUUAUAUUUACAGGACAAUUGCUAGGUUCAUAUACUUAGUGUAAUCACUGGAGGUUGGGUGUUUCUGUUUUUUGAAAUACAGUACGUGAGAAAAACCCAAGCAAGCAUGGUUUCCUCCUUUUCCGUAAAUGACAUAAGUAAAUGGACAGCAGGAGGAUAAGUGUUUGGGGUUCUGAAGUAGUAAAGUCCUCAUCAGGCCUGGGCUAGUCAUUUUACCACCACAUUUUCACAAGUGGAGUGGUUUCCUUGUCAUGGUUGUCAUUUUGGAAGAGUAGCCUCUUGAAAAACUUUGUGCCAAUUAGUAGCUGGAGGUGGUUUUACCCACUUUUCCCAACCCCCCGUGUGAAAAUGAGGUGGUAAAUUAAGAUCAUAAAGACUUACCACCUCGGAUAUAAAUAUACACACACCUGUCCUAAGAGAAAGGGCUUGUGGGGGUUAACCUUUAGUUUGAUUUUUUUUCCCCAAGGCAGACAUAAGCUGGAAGAAAUGAAGUGAGAUUUAAAUGUUAUGGCAAACACGUGAGCAGCCAUUGAGAAGUCUGCUGGGGUUAAAAAAAUAGGUGUGGCAGAAUGCUAGAUAAGUGUUUUUGGAAUAAGGGUACCUGCUCUGUGAGAAGUACAGAAAAAAGGCAAUUGAUGCAAGUAGUUAUGAUGGAAGCAGAUCCCAAGUGCAUUGGAGACCUUCUAGUAGUGGACACUGUCCAGUGACCAUACAAUUAGACCAUUUGGAUAAAAGGUGGCACAUUCUAACCUGCUGCAAUAGUUAAUGGAUAUGAGGAUCGCUCAUGUGGUGAUGAGAAUACCUUUAUCAUAUCAGGCAAUUUUUGCCUCUACAGCCGUAUCAAACAUAAACUGGUGUUAUGUUUUUGGGAUCCCCCACCUCCUCAGCAAAACAAUUCUCAUUAUACUUUUCCAUUUCCAAUCAAUUUUGCACCCAAAAACAUUAGUAUUAGUGCCUUGAUGGGGAACUUUUAGUUCUAGAUUCUUCCUAAGUACAAACCUAGAACUGUGGUGGUUUUAUAACCUUUGGGGAAAUCAAAAUACAUCCAAGAUCUGGGUUGCUGUUUUCCCCCCAGAGCCAACCAGAAUCCAUACUGCAGCAUCUAGUAAUUGUAAGGGGGUGAAAUGGUGCUCUUUUCUGUGGACAUCAAUCAAAGAAGAAUUUAAACAUCACAGUCAUCAGCUCUCAGCUGAAAUUUGUACUUCUGUUUAGAAAUUACAAUGCUUCCUUUUUCUAUUUUGUUCUGAUUGCUAAAUUGUGAGAAAGUUGGAAUAAAUUAAAUGGGAUGCCAAACAAAA